GCAACAGCAUUAUCAACAGUAUCAGCAACAGCAGUACCUGUCGGAUUCACUCGUUCGGCGUCCGGGUCUCGGGCCCCGGGGCCAUCCCGACGGAUCCUAGAGGAGGUGGGAGACCACCUUAUGAGGCUGGAGCGCGGAAGCGACCGCGCCCCUGGCGGCAGCACUAGAGUCCCCGGGAUGGUGGUCGGCAGCGGGCCCCAGCGGGCCCCGGUUCACUGAGCUCCGUCCUCAUCGAGAGAGGGAGGCGCCGCCGCGAGUGGGACGAGAGAGCGAGAGGAGGGCGGCUGCUAUCGAGGGUGCGAAGUCGAGAAGAUGUCGAGAGCCGACGGAAUGAGGAUGCCGAGGCCGCCGCGCGAGCGUAGAUGGGACCGCGCCAAGUGGACCUCGGCCUGCCUGUUCUUCCUCCUCGGUCUCCUCCUUGCGCUCGCCGAGGUGGGGGCAGAGGGGGCAAGGACCGCCGCCACUGCAACCGCCACCGCCGUCGACGGGACAAUUAAUUCCUCGAAGCGAGGGGUGUGCCAAAGUAUUGACAUAAGGAAUAAAGUGAGCGAAUUUUCGAAAUUGUACGGAUGCCGCGUCAUCGAGGGCUUUGUGCAGAUCCUUUUGAUCGACCAGGCCAACGAUACGUCUUAUGCGGAUCUCGUAUUUCCCGAGCUCGUGGAAAUUACCGGAUACCUAAUGCUGUACAGAGUGCAAGGACUGCGGAGUAUCGGCCACUUGUUCCCGAAUCUGACCGUCAUAAGGGGUCACCAACUGUUCGUCAAUUACGCAUUGGUGGCCUUCGAAAUGACGAAUCUGCAAGAGAUCGGACUGCACUCGUUGACUGACAUAAUGCGAGGCUCCGUGCGCUUCGAGAAGAAUUCGGUUCUUUGCUACGCCGACACGAUAGAUUGGGACAUUAUUGCGAAGGCCGGCAAGGGAGAGCACGUCAUUGCUGUGAACAAACCGAAAAACGAAUGUCCCGUUUGUGAAAAAGACUGCCCUCAGAGAUCAACGAGACCCGAUGAAAAAUUAUGUUGGAACAAACAGCGCUGCCAAAAAGUGUGCAGUAACAAGUGCGGCGAGCGAGCCUGCACCCCGAGUGGCGACUGCUGCCACCCUUCCUGCCUCGGUGGCUGCACCGGACCGACGGCCUUCGACUGCAAGGUCUGCCGCGAGGUCAUCGUCAAUAACAGCCAGUGCGUAAGCAGCUGCCCCGUUGACACGUACGAGUUCCUGAACCGGCGCUGCAUUAGCCAGCAGGAGUGCCGCAUGAUGCGCAAACCCCGCGAGCUGCCCAUAAGCGUCAACACCUACCCUUACAAGCCCUUUGGCAACAGGUGCAUCAUCGACUGCCCAGCCGGCUACGAGGAGGUCAGCAGCAACGGCAUGUUCUCGUGCAAGGAGUGCAACGGCCCGUGCCUCAAGGAGUGUCCUGGUACGAUAGUCGACAGCAUCGCCUCGGCUCAGAAGCUGCGCGGUUGCACCCACAUUAAGGGUAACCUCGAGAUCGCCAUCCGCGACGGCCAGAACAUCGUGCGGGAGCUCGAAGAGAGUCUAAGCGGCAUCGAAGUCAUCACCGGCUACCUCAAGAUCUUUCGUAGCUUCCCCCUCAUAUCGCUCAACUUUCUCAACAAUCUCACGGAGAUCAAGGGCCAGAACCUUGAGAUGAAGGACUAUACCCUCGUCGUGCUCGACAAUCAAAAUCUUCAGGAGCUAUGGAACUGGACGACGAGGCCGCCGCUCAAAAUCGGCUCCAAGAACAUCGACCCCAAGGUCUCCUUCCAUUACAAUCCCAAGCUCUGUCUGCAGACGAUUGAAACGUUGCGCGAGCGCACGGGCCUCAAACCGUUCACGGACAUCGAGGUCUCGUCAACGAGCAACGGCGACAAGGUCGCCUGCAACGUCACCGAGAUCAAAACCAUCGUCACCUCCAUAUCAUCCAAGGCCGCGAUCAUAAACUGGGAGCCGUUCAAGCACCACGACAUGCGCACCCUCCUCGGCUACGUCAUCUACUCGAAGGAAGCGCCCAAGCAGAACAUCAGCAUGUACGAGUCGAGGGACGCCUGCGGGGGCGAUGGCUGGAAGGUGGACGACGUAUCGGCCAACGACGACGACAAGAGCACCGAGCACAUCGAUGGCCUCGCUGACACGGCCGCCGACUCCACGGCUUACAGUGUCGCCGGACCAGGAUCUUCCAGUAGCGGCGGCAGCGGCAGCAGCAGCAAUAACAAUAACAUCUACAGCCAGCAGACGAUCCUGGCAAUGCUGAAGCCGUUUACGCAGUACGCCUAUUACGUAAAGACCUACACGAUAUCGACGGAGCGCUCGGGCGCCCAGAGCAAACUCCAGUACUUCACGACCUUACCGGGGCAACCCUCGGCCGUCCGCUCCCUUACCAUCUACAGUAACGCCAGCGAUACCCUCGUCAUCAGCUGGCUGCCGCCCUUCGAACCCAACGGCAACCUCAGCCACUACAAGGUCAUCGGUAAAAUGGAGCACUACGAUCCGGUCUACCUGCGCCAGAGGAACUACUGCGACGAACCGAUGCAGCCACUGGAGCACAAGCCCGUGUCGGAAAUUGCCGCCGAGGAGAAGAGGCGCGCGGAGCAGGAGCUCGAGGCGUCGAAGCAGCCCGAGUCCGGGAGCUGCGCCUGCCCGAAGCGCGAGCCCGUGCAGUCGGAGAAGGACGUCUACAGCUCGAUCGCCUUCGAGAAUGCCCUCCACAACCAGGUGUACGUUAAACGUGGAAACAACCGGCGUAGGCGCGAGACCCGCCAGGCGACGACGAGCUUUAUGCUCGAGGCGACGAGGCUCAAGCGCGAGCUCAACUCCUACCAGGAGAAAGAUGCGAUAAGUCAUGGAAAGAAAACUGCAACGACUAGAACGACGACGACGACGAUGACGGCGGCAGCAGCGGCCAGACACCAUCAGAAGAAGUCCAACCGCGACCCCAGGCGCCAGUCGGUGGAUAUCGAGGAGAACGGAUCGUACGUGUACUUUGAGCGAAAAGUGCCAGCGAACGAAUUAAACUUUGUAAUGCGAAACCUCCGGCACUUCGGCAAAUACAAUAUAAUGGUAAUGGCCUGCCGCGACAAGUUCGCCAAUCCCCAGGAGAACGAGUGCUCCUCCGAGUCGAUGAAGUCGCUGCAGACACUGAGGAUGGAUCACGCGGACGACAUAAUGCCUGGCACCUUCGGCUUACACAAGCUCACCAGUAACGACAGCUCCACGACGAUAAAGCUCCAGUGGCAGGAGCCACCCCAGCCGAACGGCGUCAUCGUCGCCUACCAGAUCGAGUACAAGAGAGUCGACGUACUCAAUCACAAGACGAUAGUGGCCUGUACGACCCGCGACAAGUUCAAGGACGACGGCUACUCCUAUAUCCUGCCGAGCUUACCGCCGGGCAAUUACUCGGUUAAGGUGCGGGCGACGAGUUUCGCCGGCAACGGUGCCUACACGGAGAUUAAGUACUUCGACAUUCCCGAGUCGAACCUCUCGACGCCGUUCUGGAAGGUGAUGCUAAUCGUCCUUCUUUGCAUCAUCCUCCUUUUGGGUGCUUGCCUCUGCGCCGCUUACUUUUUCAAGAAAAAGUUCAUGCGCAACGUGCCGAGCAUGAGGCUUAUCGCCACCGUUAACCCGGACUACGUCAGCACCGUCUACAUCCCAGACGAGUGGGAGGUGCCGCGGAAGAAGAUCCAGCUGUUGAAGGAGCUGGGCAACGGCUCUUUCGGCAUGGUCUACGAGGGUAUCGCCAAGGACGUGGUCAAGGGAAGGCCGGAGAUGCGGUGCGCCGUUAAGACUGUGAACGAGAACGCGACGGACCGGGAGAGGAUCGAGUUCCUCAACGAAGCAUCGGUCAUGAAGGGCUUCAAUACUCACCACGUAGUGAGGCUCGUCGGGGUCGUGUCCCAGGGCCAGCCAACUCUGGUGGUGAUGGAGCUGAUGGUGAACGGAGACCUAAAGACGUACUUGCGCUGCCACCGACCGGACGUCUGCGAGAACUUCUCGCGACAGCCCCCGACGCUCAAGCGUAUCCUACAGAUGGCGAUGGAGAUCGCCGACGGCAUGGCAUAUCUAGCGGCCAAAAAGUUCGUACACCGCGACCUGGCCGCGCGCAACUGCAUGGUCGCGGACGAUCUCACCGUGAAGAUCGGCGACUUCGGCAUGACGAGGGACGUCUACGAGACGGACUACUACAGGAAGGGCACCAAGGGUCUGCUGCCCGUGAGAUGGAUGGCGCCUGAAAGUCUGAAGGACGGUGUCUUCACGAGCUUCUCCGACGUCUGGAGUUACGGGGUCGUGUUAUGGGAGAUGGUGACUCUGGCAUCCCAGCCCUAUCAGGGCCUGUCCAACGAGCAGGUCCUGCGAUACGUAAUUGAUGGCGGCGUAAUGGAAAGGCCAGAAAAUUGUCCGGAUUCGCUCUACGUACUGAUGCGACAGACAUGGAAUCACAAAGCUACCCGACGGCCCACUUUCAUCGACAUCGAGGGAAUGCUUUUAUCGGAGAUCGACGUCGAGUCUUUCGAACGAGUUAGCUUUUAUCACUCCCCCGAGGGUGUCGAGGCUAGAAAUCAAAAUAGCUCGCAAUUUCUUCGGACCGACAAGGACUUGGAGUUGGUCACGCUGCAGGAUUUGCACGAGGACGAGGCCGAGGGCGACGAGGACUCACCCCUACGCCAAGACUUUGGCGACUUCUCGUCCUUCGAACCGAUCACGAGCGUGAAAAACGGAUCUUCCGGCCACUUUGGCAUGGAGCCGUUCACGGGCAACUCCAAAGUCCUCUCCACGCCCUUCAGCUUCCUCGAUCUCAACUCAUCGAAGGCGCCCCUCAAGGCCGGCUUCGACGACUUCGACGGAGUAUCGGCGGGCUCGCUCGCCUCCAGCAAAGAUACCCUUAACUUGCCCUUCGUCGAGGACAGCGUCAAGUCCGUGAGAAACUCGCCCUUCGCGCAGAAGAAGUCUUCCUCAAAGGGCAACGUUAGCCAGGGUUCCGCGGGCAGGACGUCCCUCAGUCCCCAAAGUUCCAUCGUCAUUGCGGCUCCGGGCAAUCUUGGUAACCGACCGAGUCCCUCGCUAAAGGACAGCCGCCGCUCGGACCCGGAGUACGAGAACCGCAGCCCCGAUGCAGUGGAGCAUCAGCACCAGCCCCGUUCGAUUGGCCUCCGCGUAAGUUUCCCGUCGAUGGACGCGAUCGAUGCGGACAUCGGCCCUGACAUCGUCCCAACGACGAUGACGACGCAGACGACGAUGCAACAACCGCCGCUACCACCGUUACCGACGUUGCCGCCGCCACCUCCUCCACCGCCACCAUCGUCGUCAUCGUCAUCGACAUCCCGACAGCGAGUAGCGAGAGGUGCGAUGCUCGACUGA